AAGACGCAAAACCAGUUUGACAAGUCUAAAAAUAGACUUACCUGUGAAAUUUUCUGUUUACAACAGUUGAGGUGUACAAAGGUGUCAGCCUCACCCGUCUGGACUUCGUUUUUCUUUAUUUUCGUUUUCGUUUCUAACUGUUAUUGUAAUUACAGUCAAAAUGGAGUGGAAUACUGAACUGACAAAAAUCCAUCACACAAAUUACGUGCGAAAUUCACGCGCAAUCACAGUCGCUUGGUUUAUUUUUUCCGCUUGUUACACGAUUCUCAAUGUCGUUGCUUUCCUGCAACCCUUCUGGUUCGGUGAUACAGUGGAGAGUCCGGGGGUAGGUUAUUUUGGGCUGUAUGAGUGGUGCGAGAGAGCGCAAGGAUCGGACUACACGUGUAGAGGGGACUUUCUCGAUUUUAACACGAUCCAAAACAACUAUUUCCGGGCUGCAAGUUUCCUGGUUGGAGGAGCUGCACUGUUGUUCAUUAUCACAAUCAUUCUGAUGGGCCUGUUCCUGUUUCUUAAAGCCAGAAUCGUCUUGCGAAUUUGUGGAACAUUGCAAAUGAUUGCAGCUGUGUUCAUGGCAGUUGGCUGCAUAAUCUACCCAAACUCUUUUGACGAUGAAAAUGUACGACGUAUCUGCGGCCAGAGUGCUAAGCCCUACAUGAUGGACAAGUGCCAGAUUCGAUGGGCAUACAUUCUUGCGAUCGUGUUGAUAUUUGAUGCCUUGAUCCUGGCCAUACUAGCCUUUGUGAUUGCAGCACGUCAGGCGAGAAGCUUGUCCAACGAGUUUCAAAAACUGAAGGAGGAUCGUUUGAGCUAUAUUCGAGAUUGGCGAGAUGAGUCUCAUAUCAACAAUGGCUUUAGUGGUACCCUGACUCGAUCCAACCUUUCAACUCUUCCUAAGCAACCAACAAUGUUUGCAGUUCGACAACGCCAUUCCUACACAAAACAGGAAACAACAAACACAGCAGCCAGCCACUCUUUCACACCAUUAGACAACCAAAAUGGAGCUUCAUUUGAACCUCUUGUAAUCCCUGUUGUCAAUUUCGCAGAGUCUCCAUCCAGUUCAAAGAAAUCGAGCCCGAGGGAGGAAAGGAUUUCACACUCAAUGUCACAAAAAUCAAAUGAAGGUCAAAGGUCACUAAGUUCUGAAGGUCAAACGUCGCCAAGAUCAGAAGACGAAUCUACACCAAGGCAAAAUGAGUUUGAGGUUCAGGAUCGGUUUGCAACCGUUCAUUCGGACUCUGAUAGCGAUAUUUCCUUCGAAAACAUUGGUGACUUUGACGCUCAUGAUGCAAAACAUCUAGAUGAUGAGGGCAACAUUCAACUUUGAACUAUGCAGGUUCUGCAAUGCAAAUGGAAAGUAAAACUAAAACAGUGACUGGAGCUUUUAACCCAUUAUAUGCUUAAACCUGAACAUUUUUUAUCACUUUAUGCUUCACAUCAUUUAUAUCAAACAAGUUAACAAAACUUUUAGAUGUUGGGAUAUAAUGAACUCCAAGUAAAACAUUAAAUUUCCCAAGAAAUUGUUAGAAGCAGAUUUUACUGUAGCAGUUGCAUGAACAAAAUAAUUUAUAUCUUAGGGGGUUGCUGUUUUGUAUUUUCAAUAAAAGAAAUAAUAAUCUAGCCUCUACUGUGGUACAUGGACAUAUUCACAAUUCUGCUGGCCUGCUUUGACUCGGACAAAAAAUGUUCUCAUAUAUAUUUUAACAAACUACUCGUACAAAUGUAUGCUCAUGGAUUUUUGCUAUCAUUCGUUAUAAUUGCUGUACCAUACAUGAACACUUUGUAAUACUACUGUUUGCAAAUGAAGUUAAGCGUUUGAAAGUUUUGGAGCAUUGAUUGAUCAUACCUGUCUAACCUUUUGCUCCACCGCAACCACCACACUUUUAAAGCCCGUCAUUCAACUGCCAACAUUAGCUAUUGAACGUAUUCUUUUACGUAUCAAAAACUGAUAUACCCGCAAAACAUCCAUACAUGGAGGGUUUACAUUGGUUUCACAUCAACUUGCCAAUCAAAUCAGUGCCUAAAAUUACCUUUUGAAGAUCUGAAAACUUACUGUUCAAGGUUUCUUUAAAGGCAGAACAAAUUGACUUUCCUCCCAUGGCAAAAAGGUUUUAUGACUGUGCUUUAAUUAUGAUUGACAGACAUUUUAUUCCGUUUAUUUGCAAACAGUAGUAAAUGGGGCCAAUAGGCAAGUGCUUAUAAUAUUCACUUUCACAACUUUAAUAUGAAGUCUGAGAAUAUGAGGGUUCAUAGGGACGUAAGUUUCUUCAACACAUACCUUAUGAUUGUAUACUUUAACAAAAUGAUGUAUUAAGCUGUAGUGCUUUUUUGUAGACACUUAUUUUUAUAAAAUAAUUUUUUGAGUAAUAUCUUUAGAGUGAUGGUUGUGCAGAUGUUUGUUUUCAUUCUGACUUGUUCCAGUUGUUUUUUUUUGUUAGUUGAGCAGGUAUAUAUACUGAAAUAGUUAUACAUGUAUUUAAAUGUACAUUCUCUUGUGCUUUAUAUUUUUCCAUGUAAAUAAAGUUUGCUUGAACAGA